UUCCAAUCCAAAUCCUGUUUCCAAGCUUCUCUGCAUACAUACUUGCGUAAUUAAUGGCAUCAACAAAGCUGUCGUUUUCGUUUUCGGUUUCAAUUCUGACAUAAAUUCUACUGCAGGUCAUACUCUAAAUCGCACUGAUUCACACAAUCACCUCCCAUCAUCCUUCUGAUGAGUUUGGUCCUUUUCAAUGGCUCGAGCACUUUGUUCUUUUGGUUCGUUCCUUCUAAUUGUAUUCUCGGUUUUCAUAGUAUACUGUGGGUUCACUGCUGCUUCCAGCGAUGGCUUCUCCAUUGUCGGUGCGGAUUUUGACUCGUUGUACAGCGAUUAUACUCCUCCGUCGCCUCCUCCACCUCCGCCCCUGCCUGACCUUCCGUCUCUUUCAUGCGAAGAGGAUCUUAAGGGAAUUGGUUCUCUGGAUACCUCCUGUGAGCUUAAUUCCAGUUUGAUUUUUGAUAGUGAUAUCUAUAUAGAAGGAAAGGGAAGUUUACAUAUACUUUCUAAUGUAAGUUUGAGUUGCCCAGUAUUAGGUUGCUUAGUUUUGAUUAAUAUCAGCAGAGAAUUCAGUUUACAGAGUGGUUCGUCGAUAAUUGCGGGGACGGUUUUAGUGGAGUCUCAGAAUGCUAGCUUGAUCGGUGGGUCGGUGAUAAAUGUGACUGGGUUGGCAGGUAAACCCCCGGCACAAACUAGUGGGACGCCGUCGGGAACUCAGGGAGCAGGUGGAGGGCAUGGGGGUAGAGGUGCCUCUUGUGUCACAGACAAUACCAAACUUCCUGGUGAUGUUUGGGGAGGGGAUGCCUACUCCUGGUCCUCGCUCGAUAAGCCGUGGAGUUACGGAAGUAAGGGUGGGACCACAAGCAAAGAAGUGAGAUAUGGAGGGGAAGGAGGUGGGAGAAUUAAGUUUGUAAUCAGGGAUUCUAUAGAAGUCUCUGGGGACCUUUUGGCAAAUGGAGGUGAUGGGGGGAUUAAGGGCGGAGGAGGUUCUGGCGGCAGCAUUUUUAUCAAUGCUCAUAGAAUGACUGGAACUGGCAGGAUCAGUGCUACUGGAGGGAAUGGAUUUGCUGGGGGUGGAGGUGGAAGAAUUUCAGUCAAAGUUUUCAGUAGACAUGAUGAUACAACAUUCUUAGUGCAUGGAGGAAUGAGUUUUGGAUGUUCGAGCAAUGCUGGUGCUGCAGGGACAUAUUAUGAUGCUGUUCCUCGGAGUCUUUAUAUUUGCAAUCAUAACUUAACUACGCAGACUGACACGCUUCUGCUGGAAUUUCCUAAGUUGCCUCUUUGGACAAAUGUUUAUGUCCAGAAUCAGGCCAAGGCAUUAUUUCCUUUAUAUUGGAGCCGCGUUCAGGUUGGUGGGCUCAUACGUAUGACCAAUGGUGCAGUCUUGAGCUUUGGGCUUGCUCAUAUUGGUUCAUCGGAGUUUGAGUUGAUGGCAGAAGAGCUUCUAAUGAGUGACUCUGUGAUCAAGAUUUAUGGAGCUCUUCGUAUGACUGUCAAGAUUCACUUGAUGUUGAAUUCCAAGAUUCUCAUAGAUGGUAAUGGUGAUUCAAUUGUUGCAACGUCCUUGCUUGAAGCUAGCAAUUUAGUAGUUCUCAAGGAAUCAUCUGUUAUUCAUUCUAAUGCAAAUUUAGGUGUCCAUGGACAAGGAUUUUUAAACUUGACCGGACCUGGAAAUCUUAUUGAAGCGCAACAUCUGAUAUUGUCAUUGUUUUAUGGUAUCAAUGUUGGGCCCGGAUCUGUUCUAAGAGGUCCUUUAGAGGCUGCUGGUGAUGAUGACAUGAGACCGCAACUGUAUUGUGAACUUGAAAAUUGCCCGCAUGAAUUGUUUCAUCCCCCUGAGGACUGUAAUGUUAACUCAACAUUGGCCUUCACACUUCAGAUAUGUCGGGUUGAAAAAGUCAUCAUUAAAGGAACCAUAACAGGCUCUGUUGUGCAUCUUCACUGGGUUAGAAAUGUAGAUGUGCAUCAUUCUGGAAUGAUUAGCGUAUCUGGACUUGGCUGUACUGGUGGGAUGGGAAGAGGAAGGUAUUUUGAGAACGGUGUUGGUGGGGGAGGAGGACAUGGGGGCAAUGGUGGGGAGGGAUAUUAUAAUGGCAAUUUCAUUGAGGGUGGUACCACAUAUGGGGAUGUCGAUAUGCCAUGUGAACUUGGUAGCGGCAGUGGGAAUAAUAGUCUAGCUGGUGCAACUGCAGGUGGUGGCAUUAUCGCAAUGGGCUCACUGGAGCACUCAUUGUCUAGCUUGACUCUGAAUGGUGCACUUAGAGCUGAUGGAGAAAGCUUUGGAGAAGAUAUUAGAGGGCAGGAAGGUAGGUCCAUUUCAGGCAUUGGCCCUGGUGGUGGCUCUGGUGGAACCAUUCUUUUGUUUGUUCAGAUGUUAGAGCUUGGUGAGUCUUCUAUAAUCUCAACUAAUGGAGGGCACGGUAGUCCUGGUGGUGGUGGAGGUGGGGGUGGUGGAAGGAUUCACUUUCAUUGGCCUGAUGUAGCAGUUGGAGAUGAAUAUAUUCCUUUAGCAAAUGUUGAAGGAAGUAUUAUUACCAGGGGAGGCUUUGGUGGGGGGAAGGGUCUUCCUGGAAAAAAUGGAACUGUCAGUGGAAGGGCCUGUCCUAAAGGGCUUUAUGGUAUCUUUUGUGAGGAAUGCCCUGUUGGUACUUUCAAAAAUGUCAGUGGCUCUGAUAAAUCACUUUGUCAUGUUUGCCCACCUCACGAGCUUCCACAUCGUGCCAGAUUUAUUCCUGUUCGAGGUGGUGUGACAGAGACUCCCUGUCCAUACAAGUGCACUUCUGACAGAUAUCAUUUGCCAAAUUGUAAUACAGCAUUUGAAGAGUUGGUAUACACUUUUGGUGGGCCUUGGGUUUUUAGCCUUCUUCUUGUUGGUCUCCUCAUCCUGUUAGCUCUAGUUCUCAGUGUUGCACGAAUGAAAUAUGUUGGAGGUGAUGAUAUACCGGUCCAUGCCCCUGCUCGAGAUGAGACUCGAAUAAACCAUUCUUUCCCAUUUCUUGAAUCACUGAAUGAGAUCAUUGAAACGAAUAGAUGUGAGGAGUCUCAGAGUCAUGUGCACAGGUUGUAUUUCCAGGGCCCUAAUACUUUUGGCGAACCAUGGCAUCUACCUCACUGUCCCCCGGAGCAAGUAAAAGAUAUUGUAUUUGAAGAUGCCUUCAAUAGAUUUGUGGAUGAGAUUAAUAGUUUAGCUGCUUAUGACUGGUGGGAAGGGUCUAUUUACAGCAUCCUCUGCAUCCUUGCAUUUCCUCUCGCAUGGUCAUGGCUUCAAAGGCGUCGUCGAAAGAAACUACAGCAGCUUAGAGAAUUUGUUCGAUCAGAGUAUGAUCAUGCUUGCUUGCGUUCCUGCCGUUCCAGAGCACUUUAUGAAGGGCUCAAGGUAGCUGCAAUGCCUGAUCUUAUGCUGGCUUAUUUGGACUUCUUCCUGGGUGGGGAUGAGAAAAGAUCUGUUCUGCCUCCUCGUCUUCAUCAAAGGUUUCCUAUGUCUAUAAUUUUUGGAGGUGAUGGAAGUUACAUGGCACCUUUCUCUGUCAAUAGUGAUAAUAUUCUUACAAGCAUCAUGAGUCAGUCUGUUCCACCAACUAUAUGGUACCGCUUAGUAGCUGGUCUUAAUGCUCAAUUGCGCAUCGUUUGCCGUGGACACCUAAAAGUAACCUUCAGGCAUGUUGUCAGCUGGCUGGAUAUGUAUGCCAAUCCUACUUUGAGAUCAUAUGGUGUGCGAGUUGAUCUUGCAUGUUUUCAGCCAACGGCUUCUGGAUAUUGCCAGUUUGGACUUGUGGUACAUGCUACUGAAAAUGACAGCACGUCAAUGCAAAAUUAUGAUGAGUCAGCAAGAACUGAAAAGCAGUCAAGUUUUCUUAGAGGUCAGAUAAACUCGUUGCAUAACUUAACAAGCAAUGACCAACUGAUGAUACCUAGAAGGAAUGUUGGUGGAAUUCUAAAUGCCAAGAGCUUAAAAACGCUUAAAGAGAAAAUAACUGUAUACUAUCCCUUCAGUUUUAUAUUCUAUAAUACAAAGCCUGUUGGACAUCAGGAUCUUGUUGGUCUGGUUAUCUCUAUACUACUACUUGGAGAUUUCAUCUUAGUAUUGCUCACAUUGCUUCAGAUGUACUCUCUGUCCCUAAUGAACUUCCUGUUAGUUUUGUUUGUCCUUCCUCUUGGUGUACUAUUUCCAUUUCCAUCUGGAAUCAAUGCUUUGUUUAGUCAAGGACCUAGGAGAUCCGCAGGUCUUGCUCGUCUUUAUGCUCUUUGGAAUCUGACAUCCUUAGUCAAUGUGGUAGUUGCCUUCUUUUGUGGAUUGAUUCAUUAUAUAACAAACUCAAAUAAAAUACAUUCCAGCUUUAAAUCCUGGAAUUUUAGCAUGGAUGAAAGUGAAUGGUGGAUUCUUCCUUCUAGUCUGGCCUUGUGUAAAAUUAUCCAAUCCCGUCUUGUCAAUCGCCAUGUGGCUAACCAGGAAAUUCAAGAUUCUUCUUUGUAUAGCGACGAUCCUGAUGUCUUCUGGCAGUCUUGAAUGUGUUGAUAUAGUUAUAAUAAUAUUUAUUAUUAUUAUUAUUAUUAUUAUUAUUAUUUCUAGUUCACUUUUCUUUUGCACGUAAAUGAGAGCAACAUGGUGUGGUGUGUGUGUUUGUACAUGUGUGAUCAGGGUUUGUUGAAUGAACUGGUAUUGUGAUAUCAAGUAUACUGUACAGGUUAGGAAAUGGUGUGGAAGGGAUGAGUAGGUGUUAUAGGUCAUAACCAAGUGAAACAUUCAGGUGACAUGAUUAUAGGUUGAGUUAUACAGGAAUGGAGGUUCGUUUUUGGGGUUGGGGAGUAAUGUAUAUCAUAUUUUUCAUUUCUUAUUUAUAAAUUUUUUAAGUAGUCAAAAAAAGUUGAAAUAGAAAAACUGGGUUCAGUUUUGCAA